AUGGUAGAAGUUAAAUAUUUUAUUCCAAACAAGUCUAGAAUGGUUGUUUCGCUCCUGGGGGAUAAUGAUGUUCGGAAAAUGCAUCAAAUACACGUCAACUUAAAUGCGCCGGUGAUCGAGUUGGUUGUUAGUCAUAUUCCAUGCUUGAUCGAAGCAGCCGAUGUCGUAAUUGAUAUGAGCUCAAGUAAUUUCGGUCGAGUUGUUGAAGAAACAAGAGCGGCAAUCGAAGAGCAACCUAGUCAAAGAAAAUCUUUGGAUGCUUGGAAAACUUCUAUUGAGGGUGUUGGUCAGGAGUUCAAUGAUGUGGAAACUCUUCGCGACACGAUUCACAACUUUUGCAUUGCAAAUUGUAGAGAUUUUGUAUUUGUGAAGAACGAUCGCCUGCGAGUGACCGUGGAAUGUGCAUACGAAGGAUGUGAAUGGCGUAUCCAUGCUUCCCGACUUGGAAAUCAAGAAAGUUUUGCAAUUAAAAAAAUGAAUAGUCAGCAUACAUGUGGCGGAGGGUUGCAAGUCCGGUCGCAUCCUAAGGCUUCGAAACGUUGGGUUUCAAACAUAGUUAAAGAAAAACUUCAAGAUAUGCCGUUAUAUAGGCCGACUGAUAUCGUAAAGGAUAUUCGUCGAGAAUAUGGUGUUGAAUUGCCGUAUCAUCAAGCUUGGCAUGGCAAGGAGGUGGCUAUGAAGGACCUUUAUGGUCACAGAUCAAAAUCUUAUGACCGGAUACACUGGUAUUGCGAUGCCAUUCUUGAGACCAACCCUGGCAGCAUAGCGGAGUAUGAAACUAUUGAAGGUCGAUUCAGACGCCUAUUCAUUUCAUUUCAUGCUUCAGUAGUGGGUUUCAUAAGAGGUUGUAGACCUUUGAUUUUUAUGGAUGGAACAUUUAUAAAGCAUAAGGAUGGAGGAGUAGUUCUUGGUGCGACUUCCAAAGAUGCGAACGACGAUAUGUUUCCUAUUGCUUACGGUGUGGUCGAUACGGAGACUGAUGACAAUUGGGACUGGUUUUGUCGGAAUUUGAAAGAAGCAAUUUAUAGUUGCAUUGAGUGGCGAAGUGAGCAGAUCACAUUUAUGACGGAUAGACAUCAAGGAAUUAUUAAAUCAGUGCCGAAGUACUUUUCUGGUAGUUACCACUCAUAUUGUUUCCGUCAUGUGAAAGACAACUUCAAGAAUCAGAUGCUUGUCCAUUAUUGUGCAAGUGAGAGAAAAAGACUGCUCGAUUUACUAAAUGCUGCUGCUUAUACUCCAAGGCUGAAUGUUUUCCACAAAAUAAUUAGCAAGCUUACAUUAGAUGCUCCAGGGAGUAGAACUUUUCUCCUGCAUGCAAAUCCGAAGCAUUGGGCAAAUGCAAUACUUUAG